UUGAAUGCCGCAGCUUCGUAGCUCUUCAUCCGAAGAGGAGGAGAAGGAGGAGAAGAAGAGGGGGGUACUGUUGUCAUCCGUCGGGGCAGUGUGUCGAGCUUUUGUCCAGGAGAAAUGGCCGGGAUUAAAGCUCUCAUCAGCCUCUCCUUCGGAGGGGCCGUCGGCCUCAUGUUCCUCAUGCUGGGAUGUGCUCUACCGGGAUACAACAGUGAAUACUGGCCUUUGUUCCUCCUCUUCUUCUACGUCCUCUCCCCCAUCCCUUACUGCAUCUCGCGGCGGGUGGUUGAUGACACAGACUCUGCCAGUAACGCCUGCAAAGAGCUGGCCAUCUUCCUCACGACGGGCAUCGUCAUCUCUGCCUUCGGCCUGCCCAUCGUCUUCGCUAGAGCUCAAGUGAUUGCCUGGGGGGCGUGUGCGCUCGUGCUAACAGGUAACGUAGUCAUCUUCGGGACCAUCCUGGGCUUCUUCCUGGUCUUCGGAUCCAACGACGACUUCAGUUGGCAGCAGUGGUAAAACGGCCUGAUGAGGCAGAGCAGCGGGGGAUGGGGGGAGGGGUGGGGUGAGGGGGGUACCUUAGUCUGAACUGUUUUUAUUAGCAUUACAAUUAUUAUUAUUAUUAUUAUUAUUAUUAUUAUUAUGGUAUUACUGUUUGGUUGUUGUUGUUGUUAUUUAUAUGAGGACCACCCAUCCAUAGACUUACACCAAACCAGUGCAAUACUGUUUUUUUUUUUAAAUGUCAAACUGACACGAGAACAAUGGAAAAUGCUAACUUAUACUCUGAUUAUCAUUUUUAUUUAUUUUUUUUUAUUUGUUUUAGCUUUUGUUCUCUGAAUUUUGUUCUGUGAGUUUUCUCCAUGUGUGCAUCGACACUGUGUUCACUUGAACUACUGCUUGACUUAAAAAGUCCAACAUGGCAACUUGGCAGUGGUAUUAAAGGGCGACAUUCUGCUUAAAUAUUUAAUUUUUUUUUACAUCUUCUGUAAAUGUAAAGUGACUCACAUUAAGGUUUGAAACUGGGUAUGAACCUGAGCGUGUUGGGGCAGGAAUCGGGCAAACAACCAGCAUCUUUUGAAGCUAUCACAUUUGGCUUAAAAGGCAUAACUCAUAAUUUUUAAGACCUUUUCCUUGUAGGUCUGUCGUUCUCUCCUUCAUUUGGCUCAGACACCAGGGAAAAAAAAAAAUUCUUUGUGUAAUUAUCAUGGGAGAACAUGCAGGAAGAUUGUUCGGAAAUAGUAGUUGUUGAUUUAAAGGGAAAAGCACACAGCAGAUAUUUAGCACUGACAGAGGAGACAGAAUAUAGAAAUUACUGUAGAAAAGCAUUUUCUUUUGCGAUAAACGUCUUGUCCACAAACAUAACCACCGUGGCCUCAGCGAUCUGGCUGUUAACUCCCUCCUGGCCGUGGUUUAUACUGUGUUGUCUCCUUUCCUCUCAGCCUAGGGUUGGUUGCUGCACUGAAAUCUGAGAUUGCAUUUAUUUUUUUCUAAUUCUGAAGAUUAAAAAAAAAAAAAAAGAAA